ACUUUCCAACAAUCUCUUUCUUUAGUAAGACAUUUGAGAACAAUUAUAUGGGUGUUAUGUGCAUGUGAUGCAAUAGUGAAUUGUUUAUUCUUCUAAAAAAAGAAAUUGUAGCUAUUUUCUGAAAGUGCUGAAAUUCUAGCUUGGGCUACUUUCCAAGAAUCUCUUUUGUUUGUUCAAAUAUUUUGCUAGACAAUCUCUUAUGUUUGAGGAGUCUGUUCUGAUUGAUGAAGUAUUUUGCUAAGAGUUCUUUUCUGAAUAUCGGUAUUUUUUUUUCAUAUUCUUCUGAUCAGACUUCUCUUCUAAUAUGAAAAUUCUUCUAUCUAAGCUUCUCUUGGAUAACCAUUAUGAUUUAAUGUUCUUAUGAUAUAUUUUAUAUUAUGAAUAGUAAUCUCUUAUGAAUUUUACAUCUCUACAACUAAAGUUUUGCGGGAGUUCACACAUGAACUCUUCUAAUUCUUACUAAACAUUAGCAUAGUUUACAACUUGAAUUUUUUUAUCCUUAAAAAUUUUUGUAUCUUUGAAAAAUCUACAGUAAGUUGGGGAGUUUAAUUUCCUAAUACAGCUAAACAAUAUCAUCAAAAUCUAUUCAACACAACUAUUUCUAAUAAAUGUCUUCAAUAAUUGUUGGUGAUGUAAAAACUUCCUAUAAUCUCUCUUUUCUGGAAAGACAAUUAAUAACAAUUAUGUGUGUUGUGUGUGCAUAUGUAUGAUGGAUAGUGAAGUAUUUAUUGUUCUUGAAAAUUAAAUUGGAGUUAUUUUCAACUUUGUUACCAAAACUUGAAAAAUAAAAUUUGUCUCAUUUAGUCAUUCCCAUUUUUGUCUCUUUUAUUCCAUAAUAAAAUUUGACCUAAAAAUAUGCUUCUUUGUGAAAUACUAAAAGUAUGGGCUGGUUUCUUAGGAAAAGGAAAGGACAUAGAUUAAAUUUUGUACCAAGCUAGCUACUAACUCUGCAAACAAUUCAAUUAAAUUUUGGAUCAAAUAGAAGAAGUGACAGGGAAUCCCACUUCCUUCGCCAUAGGGUCAUUUCUUCCAUGCAUUCCUCCAGGUUAUAUAUCUCCAUGCCAUUGGUGGCCAAUAAGAAGGUGGUGAAGCGGUGGUCUCCUCCUCCCUAGAAAGGCAAAGGGUUGAUUUAGGCUAAAGAUGAAGUUGCUAAGAGGGAGGAUGGCUGUGUUGAUGAAAACUCCUUAGCUAUUUGAGCAGGCUAAAGAUGAAGUUGCUAAGAGGGAGGAUGGCUGUGUUGAUGAAAACUCCUUAGCUAUGAGGAGAGCAUAAGAAGUUCAAGCAAAGCUUUCACUUGAAUUUCCUAGUCUAGUGAAGUUCAUGCUCCAUUUUCAUUACUGUUGGAUUUUUGUUGGGUCUGCGAAAAGAAUUCGGCACUUCUCAUUUGCCAAACCACGAUACUGUUAUUGUUUUGGUGGAUGAAGACUAGGUAUCUUGUUGGAAAGCUACUUGAUUGCUGAGGAUGUCUUAGUUUUUCAGCUAAUUGAACAUUUCAAGAUUAAGGGUCUGCAAGAUUGCGAAAAGAAUUCGGCACUUCUCAUUUGCCAAACAACGAUGCUGCUAUUGUUUUGGUGGAUGAAACUGGACAAGAGAUGAAGACCAGGAACCUUGUUGAAACGCUUGGCCUGUGUGCAGGAUGGAGAGGUUUUUCCCCGGCACACAACUUGAUUGCUGGGAGGGUAUGCCUUAGUACGUUUUUCAACUAAUUAACAUUUCCUGAUUAAGGUAACCCCAUCGGCCCUCCAUACAUCAUGAAUAGCAAAUUCACUCUGUGUAAUGAUUGUGGCCUAUGAAAUUUGCCAAGUAUUUUGUAACACCAAUGUGCAAAUGCCGUGCUGUUAGGGUGUUAGACUAAGUUAUAAGCUGCCGGAUAUAUUUUUGGGGCACUUAUCUUCUGCCUUGAAGGAACUAAUUCUGAAUUUAACUCACUUUUAUUCCCUUUCCUUGUUUCAGGUGUAUAUUGUUUACUGCAGCAAUUUACAACUAUUGGGUUAUUAUAAUUCAAACUCAGGAACAAAAUGUAAGAAUCAGUCGUUAUCAUAGUUGAAUUAUGAAGAGUUUGAACUUACUAAUUUUCUUCUUGUAGACAACUUGAUAAAAGCACUCAUGUUCUUAUCACAUUUUGUUGGUAUGUCCAUCAGUUUAAGAAGAUGAGUUCAUUGGCGGCCAAUAAGAAGGUGAUCAAGAGAAGGUCUCCUACUCCCAAGAAGGUUCAGGCUAAAGGUGAAGGUUCCAAUUCUAGGAGGGAGUGCGACUCUGUUGAUGAAAACUCCUUACCUAUGAGGAGAGCUCGAGAACUUCAAGCAAAUCUUUCACCUCAAUUUCCUAGUCUAGUGAAGUUCAUGCUUCAUUCUCACACUGCUAGUGGAUUUUGGUUGGGUCUGCCAAAAGAUUUCUGCGCUUCUCAUCUGCCAAACCACAAUGCUGCUAUUAUUUUGGUGGAUGAAAAUGGAAAGGAAAUGGAGACUAGGUACCUUGUUGAAAGGCAUGGCCUGAGUGGAGGAUGGAGAGGUUUUUCCGUCGAACACAACUUGAUUGCCGGGGAUGUGUUGGUUUUUCAACUAAUCGAGCCUUUCAAGCUUAAGGUGUACAUUGUUAGGGCAAAUGACUCAACAAACAUUGAAUGUGCUAUCAGCCUUCUAAAUUUGAGUCAUUCUGCACAGCCAAUUGCAAGUGAGGGUUUACUGCAGGAAGGUGAUGAUAAUUAGGAGAAUGUAUGUGUUGAGAAUUGAUGAUGAUUAGAGAACAGCAUCAAGGUAAAGAAGAUUGUAUGGAGGCGUGAACGGGCAACGGAGACAAUUUGCAAAUGAGAAUGAGUCAAUUAAGGAAGCACAAAAUGAGGGGCACAAGGGCAUGAAGCAAGUUAAAGAGUGGAAUAGGAGCUUAGGCGAAGGUCAGGGAUGUUCCCGGUCAUAAUCACGGUCGUGACGGUGAGAGUGACCUUCCCGGAGCAUUUUUUGACUCCAGGGCUCCGGCUGACACUCAUAGCCGUGAGCGUCAGCGUGAGGCCGGGAGUUAGAAAGUUCUUUGGGAUGGUCACAAUUGCCCUCCGGGCCGUGACCUCAACUGGGAGGUCUGGAAUCCGCUGCAACUUCCAAUGGUCAUAGUGAACACAUACAAAUUCUAUAAGUGUGUUUACUAAUUGGAGGAAUUCUUCAUUUCUCUUAUUCAACAUCGAUCUCUUGUUGAGAAAGUAUCUUAUAAAUGUUUUGACUGUUUCAAACAACAUUAUUCUCUUCUUCACUAUAUGAAUUGUCAUGUCUCUUUUGAAAGUAUAAAAUUUUGUUCUUGACA